AUGGCUACCAACGGCAUCGGCAUCGCCAACCUGCCCAACCAACGUCACAAGAUUGUGGCCAAGGCAGGUGGGCACUUUACGCUCAUGGUCGUAGGCGAAUCCGGGGUGGGCAAAACGACGCUGAUCAACACGCUGUUCAGCACCGAGCUCGCCACGGGCAAGGACCACACGCGACGCCACACGAAGCAGCUCGACAAGACGGUGGAGAUCGACAUUAUCAAAGCCGAGCUCGAAGAGAAGCAGUUCAAAGUCAAGCUCACCGUCAUCGACACGCCUGGGUUCGGAGACUAUGUCAACAACCGCGACUCGUGGACGCCCAUUGUCGACUUUAUCGACGACCAGCACGAGCUGUACAUGCGACAAGAACAGCAACCCGAACGACGCGACAAGACGGAUCUGCGCGUCCACGCGUGUCUCUACUUUAUCCGCCCCACGGGCCACACCUUGAAGCCGUUGGACAUUGAAACGAUGAAGCGUCUCGGAACGCGUGUCAACCUGAUCCCUGUGGUUGCCAAGGCAGACACGUUGACUCAGACCGAUCUGGCCGUGUUCAAGCAGCGUAUCCGUGAGGUGAUCUCGACGCAGAACAUCCGCGUCUACUCUCCACCUGUCGAGGUCGACGAUGCGGCUUCUGCCGACCAUGCCAAGCUGCUCAUGUCGGCGAUGCCGUUUUCCAUUAUUGGCAGUACCGACGACGUGCGCACCGGCGAUGGACGCGUUGUCAAGGGACGCGAGUACCUCUGGGGUGUCGCUGAGGUGGAAAACGAAGAUCACUGUGAUUUCAAAAAGCUCCGUUCGCUCCUCAUUCGCACACACAUGCUCGACCUGAUCAACACCACCGAAGAGCUGCACUAUGAAAACUACCGCCAGGCACAGAUGGAGACGCGCAAAUUCGGCGAACCCAAAGUCAAGAAGCUCGACAACCCCAAGUUCAAGGAAGAGGAGGAGAUGCUCAGGAAGCGCUUCACCGAACAGGUCAAAUUGGAAGAGGCCAGGUUCAGACAGUGGGAGCAACACCUGAUUGCCGAAAGGGACAGGUUGAACAAGGACCUCGAGACCGCCCAUAGCACCGUCAAGGCGCUCGAGGCCGAAUUGGAUGCUUUGCAGAACGGCUACGGUCGUGGCUCGCAGCGUCGUUGA